AUGAGAAGAGAGUACUGUCAACCAGCAGCUGCAGCAGCUAGUGUUACUACAGUUACUGCUGUAAAGCCUUUGAGUACUGGAACACCUGUAAAACUUCCAGUUACAGGACCACCUGCACAAUUGAUCUCCCAGAAGGCAGCCUCUGUGAAAGCAGAGGGCACAGCAGUAGCACAGACCAACACUUCUGCAGAAAUGUUAGAGAAUGUGAAAAAAUGUAAGAAUUUUCUUGCUACGCUAAUAAAACUGGCAUCUAGUGGACCUCAAGCCCCUGAAAUGGGGCAGAAUGUGAAGAAUCUGGUGCAAAAUCUAUUGGAAGCCAAAAUUGAACCAGAAGAAUUUACAAAAAAGCUAUAUAUAGAGCUGAAGUCUUCUCCACAACCAUAUUUAGUUCCUUUUCUCAAGAAAAGCAUGCUUGCCUUACGGCAGCUAAUGCCCAAUGCUCAGAGCUUUAUCCAGCAGUGUAUGCAGCAGCCAGCUCCAACCCAAGAAGCUGUUUCAACUUGUACCUCUGCAGUGCCAACUCCUUCUGUAACGGCGGCAGCCUCAGCAGUAGCAACAACUUCUCUUCCAACUAUAAAAUCAGUGUCCACCUCUGCAACAGUCACAGCCUCUCCGGUUAUAAAACCAGUCUUUUCUAGUGCGUCAGUGACAGCCUCUCUGCAAGCUGUGAAACCCAUUCUUGCCCCUGCAGUGGUGACAGCCUCUCUUCGGCCUGCAAGUCCAGUCCUCACCACAACAGUAGCAACGUCAGGGCUCACUGCUAUCCAGACUGUAAAGCCAGUCUUCACCUCUGCAGUAGCAACAUCAACUCUUCAACCUGUGAAGCCGGUACUGGUCUCAACAGUGGCAACUUCUGCACCAACCCCUCUGCAGCCUUUGAAACCAGUCAUUGGAACCCCAAUCAGUAUUAAAAUCUCACAGCCGAACUCCAUUGUUGCGCAGUCAGUUGGUACUCAGCAGGUGGUUAAAGUGAAGCAGUUGGUAGUCCAGCAACCAUCAGGAACCGUUGUAAAACAAGUAUCCACGCUCCCACAACCCUCAACACUGACCUUGCAGACAUCUUCUGAAAAAAGGAUGCCACUGAAUACACUUGUUCAAACUAACCAGUUUCCUGCAGGUUCCAUUCUGAAACAAAUUACCCUGCCAGGAAAUAAAAUUCUGUCACUUCAAGCAUCUCCUCUUCAGAAAAAUAAAAUAAAAGAGAAUGGAACAACUUCCUUCAGUAAAGAUGACGAUGAUAUCAAUGAUGUGACUUCUAUGGCUGGGGUCAAUCUUAAUGAGGAGAAUGCAUGCAUUUUGGCAACAAAUUCUGAACUCGUUGGUACAGUGAUGCGUUCAUGUGCAGAUGAACCUUUUCUCUCCUCAGAAGCUCUUCAGAAGAUGAUCUUGAACAUAGGUAAAAGGCAUGACAUUAUGGAACUUAACUCUGAUGUUGUGAACUUGAUCUCCCAUGCUACACAGGAGAGAUUACGAGGGCUUCUAGAAAAGCUAACUGUAAUUGCUCAGCACAGAGUAUCAACCCAUAAGGGGAGUGAUAAGUACAUCAUAUCUAGUGACACUAGAGCACAGCUGAGAUUUCUGGAAAAGCUUGAUCACCUGGAAAAGCAAAGAAAGGAUGAAGAGGAACGUGAAAUAUUGCUACGAGCAGCUAAGAGUCGCUCCAAUAAAGAAGAUCCAGAGCAACUACGUUUAAAGCAGAAAGCAAAAGAGAUGCAACAGUUGGAGUUAGCACAAAUGCAACAGAGAGAAGCUAACCUCACAGCUUUGGCAGCCAUUGGACCGAGGAAGAAAAGACCUUUGGAUUCAUCGAACAUUGGGCUGGAGGGUUUGAAUGGCAAUGGAAUCACUCCUGGAUCAUCGGGUUUUAGCCUUACAAAACAGUUGCUUCGUCCAAGAAUAACCCGUGUCUGUCUCAGGGACUUGAUAUUCUGCAUGGAACAAGAAAGGGAGAUGAAGCAUUCUCUAGCCUUGUACCGUGCUCUUUUGAAGUGAUUUUAGUUUUACAUUUCAACUUUGCUGUCUACUGCCAAAGAAAACACUGAAGCAUUGUUGCACUGUCUUGAAUUUCCAAUUUCUGGAAAAUGAUCCGUUGUAAGGAUAACUCUUGUUUACAGAUAAACAUUUUUAUUAAAUACCUAACUUAUCACCUGUAGGGUUUUUAAUAAUAUUUGGCUUAAACCAGUCUGUAAACCAGUGAAAACAUUGAGCUGCACACACAAGCACCUGACUACCUGCAUGCAUUUAACUGUCUUGCAGGCUCUGAGGGCUUGAGAUGUGUACCUAGUUUAUGUAUGUCACUUGCUUCGGUACUCCAGAGCCUGCAACAUCUGUUCUAUGUGUAGUGCCUUCUUCUAAUCCAACCUUAUUUAGGGAAACAAAUUAACACUUUAAAGGCACUGCAUAGCAUGACAGCUGUAUUUAAUUGUGAACCAGCAGUCAGUCAACAUGCUAAUAUAUUGCCUAUCUGACUCUGCAUCUCCUUAAAUUUUCUGGGUUUAGGAUUACUACUGAAUGCUAGUUUGUGGAGAGCAAAGUAGCAAGCAAAGUGAGGAGACAUGUUUUCCCUCUCCCACCUCACCUCAACUGCCCUCCCCCUCUCCUUUGAGAAAGCAACUGAGAGAAGGUGCACAAAUGGGUAAUUCCUGUGAUUAACGUAUAUCAAACAGUGUAGUUGCAUGUAGUGGCACACUUCCAUGUUUGAGAAAAUCUGGAGUUACUAAACUUGAACACAGGGAGUAGAAGAGCCUAAAAAGGGAGGAUAAACUGAAGAAACAAAUCUCAUGUUUUUUCCCUUAUGUGGAUAUCAAAAAUAGCAAUGAACUCCAACACAUGUUUUAAAGAAAUGAACAAAAGAAACCUGUGCUGACUGCAGAAAAAGGAAAACUUAAUACAUUAAAUAUUCUAAAACUUUACAGCUGGAAAAAAGUAGUGUUUGCGAAGCACAGCGCGUUCACUGUUUUGAAAAUACUGAUUUAAUUGUCAUCUUAAUGUUCAUAAUACCUUAAUAUGGUAUAACAGGGGAACUUCUUAAAUAGAAGCUAAUUAGUUUAGCCAGUUGCCUGGUUUCCAUUCAAUGAGGAGGACGGCUCCAGGUUCUUAAAACUCCUAAAAUAGACUUAAAGAUUUUCUGCUCUGCUGGUAAAGACUGACUUGGAGGAGGAAAAAACUCCUGGUCACUUCCCUUUCCCCAGCCUCCAAACACUUUGCCUCCCAUGACACAGUGCUGUAUAGCAUGGCUGUUGACAGGACCAGUGGGAAAAGGCACUGACUGUUUUGAAUGGCUUUCUGCUAAUUUUUUUUUUUUUUUGAUUAAGGAACAAGCUUCCUAUGGUUAUCUGGCAUGCUACUUUAAAACUUGAAAUGAUAAUUCAAACAUGCCCUCCACCACUGGAACCACUGCAGAUACUUACUAAAUUCAGUAAGUUUUGAAUCGGUUAUGUUUUUUCUGUUGAAACAGUAGUAAGCAA